AAAGUUCAAGGGGGCCGAAUACUUUCGAAAGGGACUGUAUAUAUUCAUAUAUAUCAAAUAUAAUGUAUAUAUAUAUUAAUAUUUGGUAUAUAUUUACAACAAAUAUGAAUAGGGAAUUGGAAAUGAUUCAGACAAUUACAUUGAUGGAAGCCACAAUCUAUCUGCAAUAUUGAAGCUGAGCAACCCCCUUAAAGAAGUGUGUGUGUGUGUGUCACUUGCUGUAUAUCCUCACAGCUUGGUGAUAGCAGUUAUCAUUGAACCUGGUGGUCAGUCUUUAGGCUGCUGUACAGCUUGGCGAUAACAGCUAUCAUUGAACCUGGUGGUCAGUCUUUUGUCUGCUGUACAGCUUGGUGAUAGCAGUUAUCAUUGAACCUGGUGGUCAGUCUUUAGGCUGCUGUACAGCUUGGUGAUAGCAGCUAUCAUUCAACCUGGUGGUCAGUCUUUAGGCUGCUGUACAGCUUGGUGAUGGCAGUUAUCAUUGAACCUGGUGGUCAGUCUUUAGGCUGCUGUACAGCUUGGUGAUAGCAGUUAUCAUUGAACCUGGUGGUCAGUCUUUAGGCUGCUGUACAGCUUGGUGAUGGCAGUUAUCAUUGAACCUGGUGGUCAGUCUUUGUGCUGCUGUACAGCUUGGUGAUAGCAGUUAUCAUUGAACCUGGUGGUCAGUCUUUAGGCUGCUGUACAGCUUGGUGAUAGCAGCUAUCAUUCAACCUGGUGGUCAGUCUUUAGGCUGCUGUACUGCUUGGUGAUAGCAGUUAUCAUUGAUCCUGGUGGUCAGUCUUUAGGCUGCUGUACUGCUUGGUGAUAGCAGCUAUCAUUCAACCUGGUGGUCAGUCUUUAGGCUGCUGUACAGCUUAGUGAUAGCAGUUAUCAUUCAACCUGGUGGUCAGUCUUUAGGCUGCUGUACAGCUUGGUGAUAGCAGCUAUCAUUCAAUCUGGUGGUCAGUCUUUAGGCUGCUGUAAAGCUUGACGGACCGUAAAGGAUGAAACAUUUAUCCUUCUUUAUUUGGGUUUCUGAGAAUAAAACAGCUUCUGAAUAAUCAAUGUAGAAAUAUGUGUUUACAGUAAUACAGAUCUGUUCAAUAUGUGGUUGUUGUUGUUGUUGUUGAUGAUGACUGAUUGUAUCCAUUAGGAAAUAGAUUUUGCAUCAUGCAUCAAGUCAUCUUAAAUAGACAGAUGUAGACGGACAUGCAACACAUCACACACAUUACAGACAGACAGUAUUCACAUAGACAACCAUAUAGCACAAUACAACACAACACAAUAUGAGUCUGGUUCAUUUUCAGUAAUGAGGCCCUGUACCCCAUUUACAAUUUCUGCCUCUAUGCAUCAGGUGGAUUUAUUCAUCAGCUAUAGAGUGAGUUGUUGUUUAUGUUUCUAAGACUGCAGGGUGGGAGAUGCAACAAUGUCCUUGAGAACAGCAGGAAGUGUGUUGGUGGUCUUUCUCUGGUCUGUAGCAGUGGUACUGGGUCAGGAUGGCUGGAGUGUGACUUACACCACUCAGAGUAUCUGUACCUUGAAGGGGUCAACAGUGGAGCUGACCUGCUCUUACACACAUCCCAGUGGUUAUACAGUCACAACAACCUUCUGGUUCACUAAAAAUGAUGCUGUUGGGCCUGUAAGGCUGAGUGAUGACCCAGACUACAAAGGACGUGUGACGUACCGUGAGAAUAAAGAGAAUGGUCACACCCUGACAAUCACAGACCUGAGAGAGAGUGACUCAGCUACGUACAAAUUCAGAUUUACAGAUCAGACUGGAACAUGGAGAUAUACUGGUGAUCCUGGAGUCACUCUGUCUGUCACAGGUCUUCAGGUGAAGGUGACUGGUGGACAUCAGGAUAAGACACUGACCUGUAUCACCACCUGUACUCUGACUGACAACCCCACCUACAUCUGGUACAAGAACGGACACCAUCUAGAUGAGAGCACCUCCCCCCAGUACAAAGACUCAGUCUCCAAUGACUAUGAUGCCAGUUAUUCCUGUGCUGUAAAAGGCCAUGGGGAUCUCCACUCUCCUGCAGUGUGUCAGAAGUGUUGGAGUGUGACUUACACCCAUCAGAAGAUCUGUGCCUUGAAGGGGACAACAGUGGACAUAUCCUGCUCUUACACAUAUCCCAGUUAUCAUGAGAUCAAACAAGCUUUCUGGUUUACUAAAUGGUCUGGUAUGGAGGCUGAAGAUCUGAGCUCAGUGCCAGGGUAUGAGGGUCAUAUAGAGUACCUUGGGGAUAAGGAGAGUGACUGUACCCUGAGAAUCACACACCUGAGAUUGAGUGACUCUGCUGGGUUCAGGUUCAGAUUCAUAACAUCUGGAGGAAAGUUUUCUGGCUCACCUGUCUCUCUGACUGUCACAGAUGUUGUGUUGGAGAUGGAUCCUACAUCUGUGUCAGAGGGGGAGAGAGUCACACUGAGAUGUAGAACCAACUGUACACUGGACCCCAUCACAGCCUACAGUUGGUAUAAGAAUGGACAGUCUAUACCAAACAGCAACACCUCCUCUCCUGUCUAUAUCCUGUUCUCAGUCAGCAGUGAGGAUACAGGCAGAUACUCCUGUUCUGUAGAAGGACAUGAGGAUCUCCCCUCUGCUGAAGAGACUCUCAUUGUCACAUAUGGCCCAAGGAACACCUCAGUGUCAGUCAGUCCCUCUGGUGAAAUAGUGGAGGGCAGUUCAGUGACUCUGACCUGCAGCAGUGAUGCCAACCCACCUGUGGACAAAUACACCUGGUACAAGAAGAACGUAACCUCACCAAAAGCAUCAGGACAGAGUUACAGCAUCACUAACAUCAUCUCUGAGGACAGAGGAGAAUAUUACUGUGAGGCCCAGAAUGGAAGAGGAUCUAAUAACUCUACAGCUCUGAUGAUCAUUGUAGCAGGGAAACAGACCUCAGUUCUAACUGCAGCUGUAGGAAUCAUAGUGAUUGUUCUGGGUGUCAUACUGGCUUCAUGUCUCUCUGGACUCAUGUGGUUCAGGAAGAAGGUCUCCAAAACCACCUCUGACACAAGACACACAGCAGGCAAUGGACAGGGAGACUCUAGUCCAGUGUAUGACAACAUCUCAGGCAUGGCCUUCACCCCUACUGCAGCACAGACAGCGGCCACCGUCGACCAAGAUGACAUUCACUUCGCCAGCGUCCACGUCUCUCACUCCAAAAACCAGGAAGUGCCUCUGUACUCCACCAUCCAGCUGCUUCAACCCCAGAAAGAGGAUGAGGAUGUCCAGUACGCUGCUGUGAAUUUCAACCUCCCCAGUGCUGCCACCUGGUCCACGGUGGUACAAGCAGCUGAGGAGGAUCCCUCUGUUCUCUACAGUACAGUCAACAAACCCAGAACCAAGAAGUCCUUAACACAAUAAACCCAGAACCAAGAAGACCUGAAAAUAACAAACCCAGAACCAAGAACUGAAAACAACAAACCCAGAACCAAGAAGAACUGAAAACAACAAACCCAGAACCAAGAACUGAAAACAACAAACCCAGAACCAAGAAGAACUGAAA